CAAGAAUCCGAGUACAAUUACAUAUAUUUCACUGAGCGAAUACUUUGACUAGCAUGUAUGUGGUUGUAUUUUUAUCAUCAAUUUUUCAUAAACGCUAAAACAUUCACGAGCCCAAAGGUCAAAUUAUGCUUCGCGGAUUCUCGUGGUUCACAUUUGCCGCCAUUUUGUUGUUGAAAGACAAAUCGAAAAACCACCCACUUAACCGUGAAUAACUGCGCGACAAGAUCAUGGAUGGAGAGUUCUACGCUUCAGGACUAAAGCGUGGAUCAGACGAGUUGUUAGGAAUCAAUAGCUCCCCAAUGAUGAUGAAUGGCAAUGGACAGGCCUCCAAUCUGGAAAUAAACCAUGAUGCCAAAAAAGCAAAGCUAGACAAGAACCAGAAUGGUGUCCCAUCAAGGGUGCUACAUUUCCGGGGGGUACCCCAGGAUGCUACAGAGGGGGAAAUUGUACAAAUGGGCUUAAUGUUCGGCAGAAUGACAAACCUCGUACUUGCAAAAAAGAAAAAUCAGGCACUAUUAGAAAUGGCAGAUAUCAAUGCAGCUACAUCUAUGGUGAACUUUCACAAUCAACUUAACCCAAAACCACUAACGAUACGGGGCAGGACAGUCUAUGUUCAAUACUCUACACAUCAGGAGCUUAAAACAGAGGCAGGUAGCCAACAAAACGCUGGUGCCCAGGCUGCUCUACAGGCAGCCAAUCAGAUGCUGGUACAAGGAGAGGAUCAACCACGGACAGUUCUGAGGCAAAAUGCAGCCGCCCAGGCAGCGCUUCAGGCAGCAGAGGCUCUAAUGGGCCAGGCAGGGGAACAGCCAAAGACUGUACUGAGAGUUAUCAUAGAAAAUAUGUUAUACCCUGUCACAGUAGACGUAUUAAAACAGAUAUUUUCUCGCUAUGGACAAUGUCAGAAAAUAAUUACAUUUACAAAAAAUAAUACAUUCCAAGCUUUGAUUCAGAUGGCAGAUGCUAUUGCAGCACAGACUUCUAAAGUGUCUUUGAAUGGCCAAAAUAUAUACAAUGGUUGCUGUCAGUUGAAGAUAGACUUCUCAAAGCUGCCAAGCCUCAAUGUUAAAUAUAAUAAUGACAAAAGUCGGGAUUAUACUAAUCCAAACCUUCCCACAGGAGAGGGAAUGCAAUUUGAUGCACAGACAGCAGCUUGUAUAGGAGGAGGUGCGGCUGGCGUUCUGGCCUCCCCAUUCGCCACUAGUAUGCCUGGGCUCAGUACGGGACAAUUAACAGCAAUCAGCCCACUCACCGCAGCUCCACCGACAUCCCAGGGAAUGGGUAUUCAUGGGUUUGUCCCAGGUAUGCCAGCAGGAAUGGCAGGCAUGCAGGGCUUACAGGGGAUGAUCCCCAGCCCCACUCAAAUGCAGGGUCUUCCUGGUAUGCAAGCGGCCUUACCUAUGGGCUACCCAGGGAUGCCUCAUGCAGCAGCCACCAUGGGACUUCGAAUGCCAGGACAGGUGGGGAUGGGUGCCGGAACUGUGCUCCUUGUAUCAAACCUGAACGAACAGAAGGUCACGCCCGAUGCUCUCUUUACCCUUUUUGGUGUAUACGGGGAUGUACAUAGGGUGAAGAUAAUGUUCAAUAAGAAGGACAAUGCGCUGGUGCAGUUCGCUGAUCCCAACCAGGCUCAGCAAGCAAUGACACAUUUAGACAAGGUAAAAGUGUGGGGCAAACAGAUCAAGGUGGCACCAUCUAAACAUGCAGUAGUCUCUAUGCCUAAGGAGGGACAGCCUGAUGCAGGAUUGACCAAAGACUAUGUGAAUUCUCCACUACACAGAUUUAAAAAACCCAAUUCCAAGAAUCAUCACAACAUAUUCCCACCCUCCAGUACCCUACAUCUAUCCAACAUUCCACCCACAGUAUCUGAGGAAGAAAUCAAGGAAGCUUUUGAAAAUGCAGGGGCACAAGUCACCGCCUUUAAAUUUUUCCAAAAAGACAGAAAGAUGGCACUGAUACAGCUAGGGUCUGUGGAUGAGGCAGUGACGGCUCUAAUGGCAAUGCACAAUUAUCAACUUGGGGACUCCGUACAUCUCAGAGUAUCCUUCUCUAAAUCCACGAUAUGAUCUAGCCAUCAGUGACAUCAUCAGUGACAUCACAAUGGUGUACGGAAAGUCUGGCCUUAACAUGUACAAAAUUCCAAACACAUUUCUCAGCUAAUUUAUGUGAGUGACCUGUGGUGUAUAGACCAAUCACAGCACACGAUCUCAGCCUCAUGUGACCUUACCAUAUAUGGUCAGGAAAUGUCGCCUAGUUUGCCCAUAGUGCUGGGGUAUAUACAUAUUUGCACUUUAGAUAGAUGGCAACUAUUGGCAAAUCAUGCGACAUUUGUCUAAAUGUGAUACAAAGUAAAUAGUACACUGUAGAGUUUAUAGAAAUAUAUUAAAGUAGGAGGGAGAUCAAGUUACAAAAGAACAGACAAUUCCAAUGUGGCUUACCAAUGCGAAUAGUGUUGGGGCAGGGAGGCCCUGUAGCUGGACAGUGUAUUGGUGUAGGACCUGAUUGUGACAUGGAAAUCCAGUGACAACAUAUCAACUCUACCAGGCUGCACAGUGAAAGAAUCAAGCCUGGAGAAUUAACAGGUUUGAGAAGUGGUCAGUCACAUGGGGUUUGUGGCACAGCAAAAGCUGCUCCAUUGGAUGUAUUGUGAAUCACAGUUGGUCAUGGGACUUGUCCUGACCAAAUAUUUCAGGAGAGUCACAUGAUCGUCUGUUAUUUCAUACAUCAGUGGACUUAACCUAAUGUUAUUUUCAUAGCUUUUGUAGCCACGUGUUACAAGAAUGUAAUACACCAUCAUUCUGCAAUUUAGAAUAGUGAACCUUUUUAUAAUUCCUAUUUUUGCAUUUGGGUGUUCAAUAUAUUAUACGGGGUUAUUAUAUUGAGGUAAUUUGGAUAUAUAUUUUUACAUUAUGUAUUAUGUAAAGUUGGAAAAUAUGUCAAAAUUUAGAGUCAUUUUUCCAAUAAGUGUAAUUAAAUUUAGGUCAUCUGUAAAUGUUUCCAAUAUUGUAGAGUACAUGGAUUUUUUGAAAAAUUUAGAGAACUUUCUUAAAAUGAACUCUGAACAUGAAAUCAUGUGCUUUGAGUAGAGUGUCUUUAUAACAUAAACAAUUGCAAGUUUAUUAGUAUACAAUACUUUAUAUCUGAUCUACUAUUAGAUAAAAUAGUUGAGUUUCUCGUUCGGUAUGUUGAACUUGAAGGUUAGUGAAGUAACAAGUGUCUUGUCUUGCGCUUAUGCCAAAGUAAGAAUGAUUUUUAAAAUUUGUAUUGUCUCAUAAAUCAUGUACUGUAUAUGUUUUCUUUAUUCAGGUAAUUUGAUGUUAUUUUCCAUGACAGGACAAAUUGAUCUGAAACUAAAACUCGCAAAAAGUCAAUCAUCAAUUAGAUUUGCCCAGUUUAGUCUAGGCCACUACAAAUACACCACCUGUUUCAUGUGACUUGUUUCAUGAAAUGUGACUUUGAAUACAGAUCAACUAUAAAGAUAUGUAAACAGAUACCAAGAUAUGAUUUUAUUAAAUUUAUAAAUGAUUUUCUGAGCAGAUGGUGUGAGUGGAUUGGACUAAACAAUGCUAUUUUAUGGUGGAAUGUUCUAAAUGGAAGAGAAGAAGCGCUUUGUACUAGAGAUAUGGUACUUUGUAAUUAUUAGUAUUGAAAUCCAAGAUU